GUGGCUGUGUGAGGCUGGGUGUUGGUCGCUGCUGGUAUAGGAGCGAGGUGAUAUAACGUCUGUGUGAUACAACAGCAGCAGCACAGCCGCCACCGAGCCUCUCUUCUCUCCUGUGUGCGACUAACACCACCGCCAAGAUGUCAAGCAAAAGAGCAAAGACAAAAACCACCAAGAAACGCCCUCAGCGCGCAACUUCCAAUGUGUUUGCUAUGUUUGACCAGUCCCAAAUCCAGGAGUUCAAGGAGGCCUUCAACAUGAUCGAUCAGAACCGGGAUGGUUUUAUUGAUAAGGAAGAUCUGCACGACAUGCUCGCAUCUCUUGGUAAGAACCCUACAGAUGAGUAUUUAGAAGCCAUGAUGAAUGAAGCACCUGGACCCAUUAAUUUUACAAUGUUUCUUACCAUGUUUGGCGAGAAGCUGAAUGGUACAGAUCCAGAAGAUGUCAUCAGGAAUGCAUUUGCAUGCUUUGAUGAAGAGGGACAAGGUCAUAUGCCAGAAGACUAUUUGAGAGAACUGCUGACCACAAUGGGAGACAGAUUUACAGAUGAGGAGGUGGACGAGCUGUUCCGAGAAGCACCAAUUGACAAGAAGGGCAAUUUCAAUUACAUUGAGUUUACACGCAUCCUGAAGCAUGGAGCAAAGGAUAAGGAUGACUAAGUCUUUGCCCUGGUCACCACAAGUUAUUCUCUAGCUUCCUGCCCUCUGAUUUUCUCCUCCUGGUAGAGCUGUGCAUGCAUGUAGCUCUAUAAACCUUUGUGUAUUUAUGGAUUUAUUCCAGGCCCAUGUGGCAUACGCACAUCUAUAUACGCAAACUGGAAACAGAAGAUGUAAUUGUAAUGUUUUACUAGGAAGUAUAAAGAAUUUCUGCACAACAGACCAACAGAUUCUGUUUUUUGACGUAAGCUGGAAUUUUUUUGCAAUUUUUGUAAUAAAAUGGAAAUAAAGAACUGUCAAAACAUAUCUCAAUGUGAUCUGGCAGAGUGAAACAAGUGAUGAUAGUUCAAGUGAAACCGCUGUAAAUGUCACCGUACCUCUUCAAUAUGCUUAAACCAUACGUCUUGUUCUGCCUGCUACAGAUCACAAGCCUACAUCUGGCAGCUGCCUGCACUGCACAUUGUUCUUUCAUCUUCUGGAUAUAUUUUUAUGACUGUCACUUAAGUAAUAAGGAAGAUCUAUAGGGGAGCCCAGUCGGGGCUAAGAAUGAGCACGCCUUUGGCAUGUUUAAAAGGUCAAGCCAAUACACUUUUAUUUUCAGAUCAGUUUCGAUAUUUCGUCAUUUUUAUAAAAUAAAAGUGGUUUUUAUCAGG